UACCGCAGACGUCCUGCCGUCAGGCCCACCCAUCAAAACCUUCCGGGCUGUCUUUUUUGCGGUUAGCAGUGACAACUUGAACUCUGUUCGUACGGAAGGCCGGCAACGACAAGUACAUAAGGCGGGUCCUUGAGGACCCGUGCUUCCCCAAAAGGAUGGCCCAUUUCUCUGGCGAGGACGAGGUGGUGAUGCAGACGAUGCUGAGGCAGUUGUUCCAGAGCGUAAAAGAGAAGAUCACGGGUGCCCCCUCUCUGGAGUGCGCCGAGGAAAUCCUCUUACAUCUGGAGGAAACUGAUGAAAAUUUUCACAACUAUGAAUUUGUGAAAUAUCUUAGACAGCAUAUAUAUAACACUUUGGGGUCCAUGAUUGAAGAAGAAAUGGAAAAAUGGAUGUCUAAUCAGAAUCAGGAUGAAGAAUCUGGCUAUGACACAGUUGUACAGCAUGUUACUAAAAGAACCCAGGAAUCUAAAGAAUACAAAGACAUGAUGCAUUCCCUGAAGAACAUCAUGAUGGUAGUGGUGGAAUCUAUGAUUAACAAGUUUGAAGAAGAUGAGGUACGGAGUCAAGAGAGUCAGAAAAAAAUCCAGAAGGAGAAGAGCAACAGUUACUGCACAGACAAUUGCUCUGAUAGUGAUUCAUCUUUCAAUCAGAGUUACAAAUUUUGUCAAGGAAAAUUACAAUUGAUUUUAGACCAGUUGGAGCCUGGGCAACCUAAAGAGGUGAGAUAUGAAGCCUUGCAAAUGUUAUGUUCAGCUCCGCCAUCUGAUGUACUGAAUUGUGAAAAUUGGACCACUCUCUGUGAAAAACUGACGAUGUCCCUUUCAGAUCCUGAUCCUGUGUUUAGUGACCGGAUUUUAAAAUUCUAUGCACAGACAUUUACUCUUUCACCGUUACAUAUGACCAAGGAAAUUUAUACAAGCUUAGCUAAAUAUUUGAAGUUAUACUUUCUUUCUAGAGAAAAUCAUAUUCCUACUCUGUCAACUGGUAUAGAUAUAAGUAAUCCUAAUGUGAUCUGCUUACUUAAAAAGGUUCGUCUUCUAAAUGAAUAUCAGAAAGAGGCUCCAUCUUUCUGGAUUCGUCACCCAGAAAAGUAUAUGGAAGAGAUUGUGGAGAAUACUUUGUCCUUAUUAUCCGUUAAACAUGAUCAGGGCCAUCUUGUCUCACAAAAGAUUUUGGAUCCAAUCUACUUUUUUGCAUUGGUUGAUACCAAAGCUGUGUGGUUCAAAAAGUGGAUGCAUGCAUAUUAUAGCAGAACUGCAGUACUAAGACUUCUUGAAAAGAAAUAUAAAUCUUUGAUAACUACAGCAGUUCAGCAGUGUGUUCAGUACUUUGAGUUGUGUGAGGCCAUGAAAAUCGAUGAGAUUUUGGGUCAUUCAAAGCAUUGUGGGAACAAACAGAAAACCUUCUACUACUCAGGACAAGAAUUACAAUAUAUUUAUUUCAUUCACUCACUGUGCCUUUUAGGAAGAUUAUUGAUCUAUACACAAGGCAGACGGCUAUUUCCUAUAAAGCUGAAGAAUAGAAAAGAUUUAGUAUCCCUUACAGAUCUUGUGGUUUUGUUUACCCAACUUAUCUAUUACUCACCAAGUUGUCCAAAGAUGACAUCUGCUGCACAUCUAGAUAAUUACUCUCCUGCAAGUAUGGUGACUGAAGUUCUUCAGAUACUCUGUGAUCAGAAAGAAUGUGCAAUUGAAUGCUUGUAUAACAACACUGUGGUUGAGGCACUUCUUCAGCCUAUUCAUAACUUAAUGAAAGGAACUAAGACUGCUCCAAAUUGCUCUGAAACCGCUUUAAUUCACAUAGCUGAUAUAUUGGCAAGAAUAGCGUCUAUAGAAGAAGGACUUACCUUACUUCUUUAUGGAGAAAAUAUGAACUCUUCUGGAGAAAAAAGUUCUACAGGUGCUCAUAUAAUUGCCCAGUUUUCGAAAAAACUUCUUGAUGAAGACAUUUCUAUUUUUUCUGGUUCGGAAAUGUUGCCUGUGGUUAAAGGAGCUUUUAUUUCUGUGUGUCGUCAAAUAUAUGGUACAUGUGAAGGCUUACAGGUGUUAAUUCCUUAUAGUUUGCAUGAGUCUAUAGCAAAAGCAUGGAAAAAGACAAGUUUGCAAUCUGAAAGAACUCCUACUCCAGUAAAGUGCUUGGAAUCUAUUUCUUCAGUAAGCCAGGAAUCCCAAAACCUUAUGGCUUGGGAAGAGAAUUUGUUAGAUGAUUUACUAAAUUUUGCUGCCACUCCCAAAGGACUACUAUUUCUUCAAAGAACAGGUGCCAUCAACGAAUGUCUGACAUUUAUGUUCAACCGAUAUGCAAAAAAAUUACAGAUCAGCAGGCAUAAAAAGUUUGGCUACGGAGUUUUGGUUACACAAGUGUCAUCAACAGCAGCAGGUGCAGUGGCACUACAAAGUUCAGGGUUUAUUAAUGCACUUAUAACUGAAUUAUGGACCAAUCUGGAAUGUGGAAGAGAUGAUGUUAGAGUAACCCAUCCCAGAUCUACUCCAGUGGAUCCUAUUGACCGGAGCUGUCAAAAGUGUUUUCUAGGACUGGUGAACUUGUUACCUUAUCCUGCUGUUUAUGAGCUGGUAGGCAAUCGAGAGCUUCCUAAUAAAGCAGAAUAUUCUCUUCGUGAAGUCCCAACAUGUGUUAUUGAUAUUAUAGAUAGACUUAUACUUUUGAAUUCAGAAGCGAAGAUUCGUUCUUUAUUCAACUAUGAACAGUCACACAUCUUUGGUCUAAGGUUAUUAGGUGUGGUAUGCUGUGAUCUAGACACUCUUCUCCUAUUGGAGGCUCAGUAUCAAGUAUCUGAAGUGUUACUGAAUGCUCAAGAAGAAAAUAUCUUAGAGAACUCUGAAAGCCACAGGGAUUUUAUAAUUGAUGGCUUAUCUGUAGAGAGAAAUCAUGUUCUUGUUAGAAUAAAUUUGAUUGGUGGGCCUAUGGAACGAAUUCUGCCACCAAGGGUACUACAGAAGGGUGAUGAUCCGUAUCCUUGGCCAAUGUUUUCAUCAUAUCCUUUACCAAACUGCUACCUGUCAGAAGUUACACAAAAUGCUGAUCUAAAACAAGACAAUGAUCUUGGCAAACUUUUAUUAUGCUUCAAAAUGUCUGAUAAACAAACUGAGUGGAUAGAAAACUGCCGAAAACAGUUUUGCAAAAUGAUGAAGGCUAAACCUGAUAUAAUCAGUGGAAGUGCUUUACCAGAAUUGCUUGAAAAAUUUGUGCUUCAUCUCUCUGAAAGCCCAUCUGAAUGUUACUUCCCCUCAGUGGAAUAUACAGCUACUGAUGCAAAUGUGAAGAACGAAAGUCUUUCAUCUGUGCAGCAGCUUGGCAUUAAAAUGACUGUCAGGUAUGGCAAGUUCCUCAACCUGUUGAAAGACAGUGCAGAAAAUGAUCUUACGUUGGUUUUAAAGCACUGUGAGAGAUUCCUGAAACAGCAGCAAGUACCCAUAAAAUCUUCUCUUCUCUGCCUGCAGGGGAGUUAUGCUGGCCAUGACUGGUUUGUAUCUUCUCUGUUCAUGAUAAUGUGUGGGGACAAAGAGAAAACAUUCAGAUUUCUUCAGCAGUUCUCCAGGCUUCUGACCUCUGCUUUCCUUUGGUUGCCAAGACUACAUAUUUCUAGGUACCUACCUGCUGACACUAUAGAAUCUGGCAUCCAUCCGAUAUACUUUUGCAGCACUCAUUAUAUUGAAAUGCUCCUGAAGGUGGAGGUGCCACUUGUGUUUUCAGCUUUUCACAUGUCUGGUUUUGCACCAUCCCAGAUAUGCCUACAGUGGAUAACUCAGUGUUUUUGGAAUUAUUUAGAUUGGAUAGAAAUCUGCCAUUAUAUCGCUACUUGUGUUUUCCUUGGUCCUGAUUACCAAGUGUAUAUCUGUAUAGCUAUAUUCAAACACUUACAACAAGACAUUCUGCAGCACACUCAGACUCAAGAUCUGCAGGUUUUCCUAAAAGAAGAAGCACUGCAUGGGUUUCGAGUGAGUGAUUACUUUGAAUACAUGGAGAUUUUGGAACAAAACUACCGACCAGUGGUACUGAGGGACAUGCGCAAUGUUAGAGUGCAGAGCGCAUAGAUGGUGGCACAGACAGUUGAAUGCCACGUUUUAUUUCUGUUUAAAGGAAACAAUCGUUUUCUGUGUCUAUAACAGCAUAUGCUUUGUGAAUAUAUAUAUAUUGUGAAUCAAUGCUGAGACUUUUUGAAUAUAAUAAUAUAUUCAAGUAGAUAUAGCUCAAUUUGUCACAUGAAGUAAAUUCUUUUUUGUAAGUUU